CUGGGACAAACUGCCCUGCCUGAAUGGAUGCUGACUCUGAAAUUUGGUGGCUCUCCAGGGACAGGUCUUCUGGCAGGGCUGGGGGGCACGGCGGCCCUGCAGCAGCAGACCACCCUGCACCCGCUGGUGGGACGUGUCUUUGUGCACACCUUGGACCAGGAAACCUUCCCUCACCUUCCUGAGCACGCAGCUGUCCCACACACCGUCCCCAUCACCUACCAUGCGCACCUCCAGGGACACCCAGACCUGCCCCGGUGGCUCCGCUACACCCAGCGCAGCCCCCUCCAUCCUGGCUUCCUCUAUGGCACUGCCACCCCCGAAGAUAGAGGGCGCCAGGUCAUUGAGGUCACAGCCUAUAAUCGGGACAGCUUCGACACCACGCGGCAGAGGCUGGUACUGUUGAUUGAAAACCCAGAAGGCCCCCUACUUCCCUACCAGGCUGAGUUCCUGGUGCGCAGCCAUGAUGUGGAGGAGGUGCUGCCCUCUGUACCUGCCAGCCGCUUCCUCACCACCCUGGGGGGACUCUGGAAGCCAGGGGAGCUCCAGCUGCUCAAUAUCACCUCUGCCUUGGACCGUGGGGGCCGUGUUCCCCUUCCCAUUGAGGGGCGCAAGGAAGGGGUGUACAUCAAGGUGGGCUCGGCCUCACCCUUCUCCACCUGCCUGAAGAUGGUGGCAUCUCCCGAUAGCCACGCACGCUGUGCCCAGGGCCAGGCUCCACUUCUGUCCUGCUAUGACACCUUGGCACCUCACUUCCGUAUUGACUGGUGCAAUGUGUCCCUGGUGGAUAAGUCAGUGCCAGAGCCUGCGGACGAGGCGCGCGCCCCAGGGGACGGCAUCCUGGAGCACGACCCAUUCUUCUGCCCUCCCACUGAGGCCACCGCCCGAGACUUCCUGCCCGACGCGCUGGUCACUCUCUUGGUGCCCCUGCUGGUGGCCCUGCUGCUUACAGUGCUCCUGGCCUACAUCAUGUGCUGCCGGCGGGAGGGCAGGCUGAAGAGAGACCUGGCCACCUCUGACAUCCAGAUGGUCCACCACUGCACCAUCCGAGGGAACACGGAGGAGCUGCGGCAGAUGGCAGCCAGCCGAGAAGUCCCCCGGCCACUCUCCACCCUGCCCAUGUUCAACGUGCGCACAGGCGAGCGGCUGCCCCCCCACGUGGACAUCGCCCAGGUGCCCCUCAUCCUGGACCAGCACUGAAGGCCUCCCAGUUCCAGCCCUGGCCUCA